AUGGACCGUUUGAGAAAAAAAUUCCAACCCGAGCCCCCAGAGGAGAGAGAGUCCCCGGGUGCAAUAGAGUCUGAUAUUAUGUUAACGCACAAACAGAAAGUAAUACUCAAGGAAAUACGAAUACCAGGCAAUAGAGUCAAACGAAAGGCGAUUGCAUAUCUGACCAGUCGUUGGCCAGACGGGAUUGUUCCUUAUGUGAUAUCGGCUAGCAGUUCGCCGGAUACUGGCGUCAUCAUGGAGGCGAUGAGGUACUGGGAGUCAUUAACCUGUGUUCACUUUGUACCAUACAACAUAUCUGGGGGUGACGCCCGUGGUCAUCAUGCUCGAGUAAGAUUCAUCAAAGGUGAUGGAUGUUAUUCAUAUGUUGGGAUAAUUGACUUCCACAAUUCGCAAGAGAUUUCAAUUGGAGACGGAUGCGCUGAGAGAGGAACUGUAGCCCACGAGAUUGGUCACGCACUUGGAUUUUGGCACGAACAAAGUCGACCUGACCGAGACGAUCACGUUACAAUUCAUUUUCAAAAUAUCGAAGAUGGAAUGGAAAGUAAUUUCGAGAAGUACGGAGUUGAUGUUGUAAAUACAUACUCUGUGAAAUAUGACAUAUCAUCACUGAUGCACUAUGGGUCGCAUUAUUUCAGUAAAAAUGGCCACCCUACAAUAACGCCUGUCAAUCCACUGGAUAUGCCGAAAAUGGGACAAAGAAAUUAUCUCUCUUUUUAUGACGUGAAAUUAGCAAAUAUGCUAUAUGAAUGCAAUGCACAAUGUGCUGACUGGCUUCCAGAAUGUUCUGGAGACGGCUAUAUAGGCCCAGAAUGCACCUGUGUUUGCCAUGAUGGUCUUGUUGGCCGAUGUGAAGCUCCAUCCGAGUGUUUUACCCAGUCAGAUGGUGGAGACUAUAGAGGGGCUCAGAAUGCAACAUCUAGAGGGAAAUCCUGUCAGAGUUGGUCGGAUCAGAGACCUUAUUCUCACCAAUUCACGCCCGAGAAUUUCCCUAAUACUGGUCUUGGCGCUCAUAACUACUGUCGAAACCCGGAUAGAGACAUCAGACCCUGGUGUAUUACGACGGAUUCUGUAAUAUCGUGGGAUUAUUGUGACGUAGGACUUCCGAGUGAUAAGUGUGAUUUUCGUGAGUGUUACGUUAAGCCGGAUGGUUUAGACUACAGGGGAACUGUUGAUACCACAGUCGGUGGCAUCCUAUGCCAGAAGUGGUCGGAACAGACGCCCCAUACGCAUGAAUUCAGUCAGGUCAACUACCCUAAUGGUGGACUUGGACGUCAUAACUACUGUCGGAACCCAGACUACGAUGGCGCCCCUUGGUGUUUCACUACUAACCCAGACAUCAGAUGGCAGCAUUGUGAUGUCGGUCGUCCGACUGAAAACUGUGGACUAACUGAGUGCUAUGAGCACGAAAAUGCCAAUGAUUACCGCGGUGUUGUCAGCGUCACACAGACAGGCUACGACUGCCAGGAUUGGACAGAUGUCACCUCGGUUUCACUCAACUAUGAUCCUGAAAAUUAUCCGAAUGCUGGUCUUGGUGAUCACAAUUUUUGCCGAAACCCCGACGACAAACAGCAACCAUGGUGUUUUUCUACUAAUCCCAGUAUACAGUGGGAGUACUGUGAUGUUGAUAGUUAUUCAGAUUCAUGUGGAUAUACCGAAUGCUACGUCAACGAAGAUGCGAGCGAUUAUCGCGGAACAGUCAACGCAACUGGUGAUUAUCAAUGUAUGAACUGGACAGAAGAGCUACCAGAUAAUCUUGGCUAUAAUACACAAAACUUUCCCCUCUACGAUCUAGACAACCACAACUACUGUCGAAACCCGGAUGGAGAUUCUCAUGCCUGGUGUUUCACAACUGAUCCCAAAGUCGAAUGGGUGUAUUGUGAUGUUGGAAUCUCAAACUUCAUAUGCGAUAUCCCUCUUCAAGUUGUUUUUCUUGAUAUCCCACAAAGCAGUGGUAUGAUCCGUUCAUGUAAACCAGUGUUUUCGGUAGUCGUGUUAAGUGUUAUAUUAAAUGUACACUGCGCUACACAACAGAAACUGCAACAUCAGCCUCCUGAGGAAAUUUAUUCACUAAAUACUUUCGAAGCUGACAUUCUUCUAACACAAGAACAAAAUGAAACACUUCAUGAAAUACUUGGAAAUAGAGUGAGGAUUGGAGUUGUAAAACGAAAGGCGGUGGCUGAUCUUUCCAGCCUCUGGACACAAGCUAUCGUUCCAUAUGAGAUUUCUCAAAGCUUAUUUAUGGCAGGAAUGGGUCUUCCAUCAUCUUUAUUUGAGAAAUGGUUCUAA